UAAGAUGACACAAGGAAUGUAGUAGAUUGUGUACAACAGGUUUUAAAGUAAAGUUUCGAUUAUGUUGAUAAUUUAGAGACCUUUGAAAUUUGUGUAUCAAUUUGUGCUUUAUAGGAUUUGGCAAUUACUUGCGUUUACGGUUUGGCUGGUCCUCUCAAUGUUGGUGAUUUUCGCUUUUAUGGAUUUUGUGGGGACAUUGGAUACCCAGUCAUAUACAGUAGGCAAAACCUGAUGUGGCAAAACCACACAUCACUACAGGGACUAUAGCGCCCCCUAUGUGUGCUUCAGAGAGAGACAGUGGGAGGCGUCCAGCGCUCUUUAAAACUCUAAACUAUUUGGCAUUUGGGUGGAUGGUAACACACAGACCUCAGCCAUGCAUGGACAUCUCCAAGCGUAAAGCUCAUAAGGGUUUCAGCAACGAAACGUAACAGUCCCCGCAGCACCAGGAUGAUGGCGUACUUUGACAGCAGCUGCCACUGCAGCAGCGAAAGGCGACAGAACAGCAUCUUGUACAGCAUUUUAAAGAAUGACAGUCAGUCUGCGCAACUUGGGAACCAGCCGAGGACCCCGAGGUUCGCCUUGUCCAUGCGCGCGUGUGCGUGCGGCUCCAAGAGGAAGGUGUCUCUCCGCUCACCUCAGACCACAUGCAAAGCCGCUUCCGCGGUCCUGGUCAAGACCCUGAAGUUCGUGAAGAACGUGCCGUGUUUCCGGGAGCUGCCGGUGGAUGACCAGCACAUGCUGGUGCGGAGCAGCUGGGCGCCGCUGCUGGUGCUCGGCAUGGCGCAGGACAGGAUCGACUUCGAGACUUCGGAGACACAAGAGCCUAGCAUGCUGCAGCGGAUAUUAACGAGCGGACAGGACAAGCAGGACAGCCAGAGUAAUAACGGCGGAGUGGCGUUGACCGACGUUCAGGGUAUUAAAAUGUUUCUGCGGAAAUGCUGGGGACUGGACAUAAGCACUAAGGAGUACGCGUACUUAAAAGGGGCGAUUCUCUUCAAUCCAGAUGUUGCAGGGCUGCAGUGUCAACAUUACAUCCAGGCCCUGCAGAGCGAGGCGAACCAGGCACUUAAUGAAUAUGUCAAAAUGAUUCACCGCGGGGACAGUGCAAGAUUCGCCAAACUCUUCCUCGCCCUCUCCAUGCUGAGAUCCAUCAAUGCCAACGUGGUGGCCGGUCUCUUCUUCAAACCGGUCAUUGGCGCUGUCAACAUGGAGGAACUUCUUCUGGAGAUGUUUUAUGGAAAAUAAACUCUAAUGCAAAAUGCCCGGACAGAAUGAUCAAACUUGGAAAGAGUGGCAGUCAGCAGUGAAUGGACAGAUUUUGAAAAUGACCGAUUCCUUUUUACACAUGCUAUUUUUGUACGAUAUAUAAGAGCUCUCUUUUUGCCUUCUGAGUUGAACUCAUCGCUGAAUCCAAAGUUGAUGACAAUGUUUUUUCCAUUUGGGGAAAGAGCUUUAUAACUUUGUUCCGAUUGUGCAGUUUUUUUUGUUUUGUUUUGUUUUGUUUGUUUACUUGCUUUCCUGUGAUGUUGUGCAGCCUUCUGAUGAAUGUUAUUUGAUUCUCUGUGACACUUUGUAAUAACUUUCAUUAAGAAAUCAUUAACAAGCAUUCAUUUAUGUGUAUUGCAUUUAAUAUAUACAUUGAAAUAUAAUUCUAUUUGAUUUAAAUAAUAUAUUACAUUUAACAACAACAGUAAUAAUAAUAAAAUAAUAAUAUAUCUCAAUAUUUCAUGACAUCUAUUUGAAUACAAAUGAAAUAAUGACCUGUUUUGCAUUUUAUAAUAAUUUUAAUUUGUAAUAAUUCUGGUUGGUAUUGUUAAUGAAAGUUAUUAUACAAUGUAAACUAUAUUUGAAUAUUAGAAAGUAUUGUACAUUUUUGUUAUGCAAUGACAUUGAAACAGUAACACUCCUUCACAUUUCCCACAACAUUGACAGGUAGCGUAUGUAUUUUUUGCAUUACAGUAACAGUACAAUUUCAAAAAAUAUGUCAAAGUGACGACAGACCUAAGCACAAAUACAAAACAGAUAUGAAAAUAAAAAUAUCAAUUAGGAAAUAAUUGA